AAAAUAUUAUAGGAUAUCUCCUGAAAUCUAUGAAAGAGGUGAAGCACAAGCCAUCCUGAAGAAUCUGCAGAACACGCAGAAAUUGUUUGAUACAUUUAACAGACAGAGGAAACAGAGCAAAGUCCUGACAUGGAGAAACAUCAGCACUCUGUCAAGAGUUUCACUAAACAGAGUGAUCUCAAACUGCAUCAGCGCAUUCACACAGGAGAGAAACCGUAUCACUGCUCAGACUGUGGGAAGAGUUUUAAUAGACCGGGGACUCUAAAACUGCAUCAGCGCAUUCACACAGGAGAGAAACCGUAUCACUGCUCAGACUGUGGGAAGAGUUUUACUCAACAGAGUACUCUCAAAAAUCACCAGCGCAUUCACACAGGAGAGAAACCGUAUCAGUGCUCAGACUGUGGAAAGAGUUUUACUCAAAAGAAUGAGCUCAAAAAUCACCAGCGCGUUCACACAGGAGAGAAACCGUAUCACUGCUCAGACUGUGGGAAGAGUUUUACUGAAAAGAGUAAUCUCAGAAGACACCAGCGCAUUCACACAGGAGAGAAACCGUAUCACUGCUCAGACUGUGGGAAGAGUUUUAAUCAACAGAGUAAACUCAAACUGCACCAGCACAUUCACACAGGAGAGAAACUGUAUCAGUGCUCAGACUGUGGGAAGAGUUUUACUCAAAAGAUUGAGCUCAAAAAUCACCAGCGCAUUCACACAGGAGAGAAACCGUAUCACUGCUCAGAGUGUGGAAAGAGUUUUAAUCAACAGAGUACUCUCAAAAUACAUCAGCGCAUUCACACAGGAGAGAAACCGUAUCACUGCUCAGACUGUGGGAAGAGUUUUAAUCGACAGUGUACUCUCAAAAAUCACCAGCGCAUUCACACAGGUGAGAAACCGUAUUACUGCUCAGACUGUGGGAAGAAUUUUACUGAACAGUGUACUCUCAAAAUACACCAGCGCAUUCACACAGGAGAGAAACCGUAUCACUGCUCAGACUGUGGGAAGAGUUUUACUACACAGAGUAAUCUCAAAAAUCACCAGCGCAUUCACACAGGAGAGAAACCGUAUUACUGCUCAGACUGUGGGAAGAGUUUUACUCAACAGAAUCAUCUCCAAAAACACAAGUGCAUUCACACAGGAGAGAAAACUAUCCCAAAUUUGUUCCACGGCAAUUAAAAGUGCAAAUCCUAAGUCUUUCAGACAGAACACCUUAUCCUACACUAAUGUAUUACUCUGUCACUUGGGACACGUUCCACCAGAAACAAACAUGAACUGAAUUUAACAAUCGAUUUCACAGGUUCAGCAAAAUUAUUCUUAUCCAGGGAUGAUGUUUAUUGAAUUUCAUGUUAUGUUUUCUUGAAUGUUCGAUAUUCCAGAACAUUCUUUGUGAGACAGAGCUCAGUUUUUAGGGUAGUUACAGUAAGAGUUCAGUUUUGAAGAAGGGAAUGUCUUUCAAGUACGAACUACGGCAUUGCCAGAACUUGCUCCAGACAUUAGAUUAGCAUUAGAUUAACAUAGUCUUUAACAUUUAGAUGUCAUAGUUGUUAGGAGUAGAGUAGGAUUCUUGCAACUAAAUGAUUUUGUUGCUGGAACACCCACUACACCCACACCCAUACCACAAACUCCAUCCAGGAUGCACUGGAAUUAGAAUAGAAGCCUUUGAUAAGUCUUUUCACAAAUCAAACCUAAAUUUCAAAUGACAUAUCUCACUUUUUCAUCUCUCCAGUCCUCUCAAGAGACCUAAAUGCUAGUUGGGUAAACCUUGUACAUUUUUUGUCAUUCCUCCAGCGAACACUAAUUCAGACAACCGUCAAACUUUGGACUUCUACGACCUUAAAUAGUCACCAUCUGUGAUUGUCUCCCAAAUGAGGUGGACCAACAGUGCCAUCACCAGGACGAAGACCCGACUGCCAUUAUAAUACUAUAUAAUUCAACUUGCUAAAAUCCACAGAAACGCAAUCCACAAAGAGUUACUGCAAUUUAAGAGUUUAUGCUUGGUUAUUCCUGCAAAGCAUUGAGAAAAUAAGACUCGUUUAGUUAAAAGAAAUGUUCAAAGCUUUGGAUUCCAUUCCCAGCCUUGUAAGCUGAAAUUCUGUGGUGUAAACUGAUCUCUCUCACACCCGUCAUAAAUUCUGAUCAACAGGCUAAGAGCCAGGCGAAGAGAAUUUCUCACAAAGCAGAACAAAUAAGAAUAUACAUUAACUAAAUAAAAAGUUAUUUUACAGAAUAUUUACUAAAUAAUAUGCCACUUCUAGUGUAUGGGUAUAGAUGCUGUCCUGAUUAAAUUUUCAUACACAGUCAAGUCUGAAUCAACAAGGUUUAACUAGCAUUUGAUAAUUUUGCUUUAUUUGGUUAUCAGUGGUUUAACCAUGUUUGUAUUAUUUUUUCAAUUAUUUAAUUGGGUUUAAAUAGACACAUGACUCUAUUUCUUUUUUGACAAGGACCAUACAUUGUUUCUUACUUCAGGAUUAUCUGGAAUGUUACCAACCUAUUUGUAGGAAAAA